AUCGAACUUCAUGCUCUCCGUACAGUCCUGUGUGUACAGUAGCCCAUAGUCGGUACCAUGCAGGCAUGCAACAGAAAGAAGAAACAGGGCAAAGAUACAGCAGUGCAAGGCACCAAUGACAGCAGUGUGGUUAGCAAGGUGUCCGCAGCGGCGCAAGGCUACUUCCGCGAUGACUUCCUGAAGAGUUUUGUGUGCAAAGUGUCGCGGAGAGCGCCACUCAUUAACAGGGGUUACUAUGUGCGCUGGUGUGCUGUGGAUCACUGUGUGAAGAGGUUUCUGCGGGUGACUGAAGGCUGUCCGAGGAGACAGGUCUUGUCUCUGGGGGCCGGGUUCGACUCGCUGUACUUCCGGCUGCAGGCAGAGGGCGCUGUGGAGCGUGUGGUGGUGUAUGAGGUGGACUUCCCCGAUGUAGCUCGACGCAAAGCUGCUCUGAUCAAAGGCAGUAAUCACCUGAAGGACGCCCUGAAGGACUGGAGCCCCGACUCCCCCAGUCCUAAUGGCCCGGUGUGCGUGUCCAGUGCUCGGUACUCUCUGCUGGGGGUGGACGUGCGUGAGGAGCGGGGUGUGGAGGAGGCUCUGAGCCGGGCGGGGGUGCAGUGGGGCGCCCCCACCCUGCUCCUGUCUGAAGUGGUGCUCACGUACAUGGACACCCAACGGUCGGAUGCUGUGAUUGGCUGGGCGGCACGACUCUUCCCCCAAUCGCUGUUUGUGAUGUACGAGCAGAUCCGCCCUGGUGACCCCUUCGGCAGGGUCAUGCAGGAACACUUCCUGAAGCUGAACUCCGCCCUGCACGCGAUCGGUCACUACCCCGACACUGCUGCACAGAGGCGGAGGUUCCUGGACAGGGGCUGGGAGCGCUGUGCAUGUCUGGACAUGAACCAGUUCUACCUGGACCUCGUGUCGGAGGAGGAGAGACACAGAGUGGAGAACCUGGAGCCUUUUGACGAGUUUGAGGAGUGGCACCAGAAAUGCUCUCACUACUUCAUCCUCACCGCCUCCAGGGGCCCUCUGACGAGCCAGGCACUGGUCAGCCCGCUGUCCGAGUCUGCAGUUCCCUGCGUGUCACCGGCACUGAACCCCCGUGCCCUCCCCGUGACGCCCCUGUCUGCGGCCCCCGAGGGGCCCGGCUGGGAAGGUCUGGGGAUGGGGUCCGCCGCGCUGGGCCCCGGGGCCGUCCUGCUGAGCGGAGGGGCCGGAAGGGGGGGUAGAGGGGACGGGGCCCGGCUCCUGAUCAGAGGCCCACGUGGGUGGAGGUGUGUCUGCUUGGGGCCACAGACGGGUGUUAGAAUGUACCACACGUUGACCGCCAUUCCGGACUGGGGCGUCGUCGUUUUUGGCGGGCGAACUUCUCCGCUCCAUCCAAUCGGAAGCGUUCUCCGGAUGACCUAUGACCUUUCCUCCCUGCCUGACCCCUCUGGCCCAGACGGCCCCGCCCGUGAUUGGCUGUCUGUGGAGGAACUGGCCUGCACGGGCAACGCGCCCUUACCAAGAUGGCGGCACACCGCCACCCUUCUCAGAUACAGAGGUCAGAACUUCCUGUUUGUGUUUGGAGGCCGAACGGAGGCGGAGCCAGUGCUGGGAGACGCCCACUUCCUGUGUGUGGAAGACCAGCAUUGGACAGAGGUGCCGGUGGACGGCGAGCCCCCUGGUGCGCGGCACUCCCACUCGGCCUGCGGGUACGGCGGGGGGGCGGUGAUCUUCGGCGGGCUGGGCGGAGGAGGAGCGGCGCUGGGCGACGCCGUCGUGCUCCGGCCCGCCGAGACGGGGUUCUGCUGGGCGAGGCUGCGGGUCCACCCUGCACCUGCGCCCAGGUAUUCUCACUCUGCGCACGUGAUUGGCCACAAGCUGGUGCUGGUGGGCGGGGUUUGGCUGCAGGCGGAGGGUGUGCCGGGGGUUGCGGUGAUCGACCUGACCACAGGGGGCAGUGUGGAGUACAGCCUGGACACGUCUGGCGUGCCCUGGCCUCUCAUGCUGCACUCGUUCCGCUCCGAGCCGCUGGACGAAGAGGGGGCCGUGAUCGCGGUGACGGGCGGCGGGGGGAACUGCUUCUCUUUCGGGACGCAUCUGAACCCCCGGCCUGUCACCCUGGACCUGCGGCCGGCGCUCUGAGUCGCACUGCAGUCGCACUGUGAGGAGCCUACGCCACAGGAAGUUACAUCACAGGGCGCUGCACCUUAGGACACAGGUGGGCAACCCUGGUCCUGGAGAGCCCAAGUGGAGUCUGAGCCUUGGUACAGCAGCCCUGGGGUUUUAAAUGGUGGCCUCUGCUCUGUGUUCCUGCACUUUCUCAUCUGUGUGGAGAGCUUCACCUACACUGGGUAUCUAGCAGAGGAGACAUUCUUGCUGUGACACUUGGACAAGGACUCUACUACUUAUGGUGCUGCAAUUUCUCUCCAGUUACUUGUGGUUGUCAAACACACACACUGAGAUAAUUUGUGUAUGUUUUUUGUACACAAGGUGAUGAUGAUGAGUAAAAGUGUUUGAGUUGUGGGCAUCCCCACACACACACACACACACACACACACACACUGUCCAGACCAACUACAUGCAUUCACAUGGAACUCACUGAUGGAACGUGACUUAACAGCCGUACAUGCAGUCCCUCGAGUCAGUCAGAGUCAGUGAGACCGAAAAACAAAGAUGGACGCUCUCGCAAUGAACACGCAAACCCGUCUCAGCUGCUUGACAGAGAGGUUUUUAUUUCAACCGGGACUUCAGCAGAGUCGCCACCUGGGCUUUCCAGUGUCUGAGGAACAUCGGGCGACCGAGAGCGAUUUCACCUCAGGGAGAGGGAACAGGGCGUGGGAGGAGGGAGGGAGGAAGAGGAGGAGGAGGAGGAGGAUGGCGCAGAUCACUCGGUGAGGCGGCGGAAGGACUGGACCGUGGCGCACACUGCGCCCCAGUCCACAGGCUUGCGGUACUCGCCCUUCUCCAGCAGGUACUGGCGGCCGCGGUAGUUGGGGUGCUCGUAGAAGACCCACACGCCCUCCAGGACCUUGCAGGAGUGGACCUCCCGGGAGCGGAAGCGCUCCAGGAUGGAGGGGCAGUCGUCCGUCGCCUCGAAGGCCUGGCCCGCGAAGUCGGCGUUGUCGUACAGCUGGAUCUUGUACUGAGUCCCGCUAGCCUGCA